GGAGACACACUCGACUGGAACAACCAGAAUUACUCUUUCUUAUUCAGUUUACCUAACAGAUCCUUCAAAAAUGCACAGGUCAUACCAGUCGAUUCUGCCAUGCCACAACAAGUUGCUACAAAUGCGAUGGGAUCAAACGUAUUACAACGAACACAGACGAAAGGUGAAGGAAGUUAGAUCCGUCAUAGAUACAAAGGCACCAGCUACCUACAUGCAUCUGCAUUUAAAACUAAAAAAGUUGCAGUUACAAGAAGAACGCCUGGCCACAAUUGAGCGAGACAACCGUAUUUUGUUAGAGAAGAUGAACUGCAUCAUGAGAACGCGGGGUCGUGUGGAUAAUCGCAACUUCUAUGAGUAUAAAAGUUUGAACCGAGAAAAACGUCAGAGAGAGUUGUUAAGAGUUACAAAAGAGAACCAGGAGAUCCUGCGACGUAUUCUGAUGAGAAGGCCUGAGUACAGCUCUGAGAAAUGGCAGCAUGACUGGUAUGAGAACCAGACAUUCCUGGACAACAUUUCUCACUACCCAAAAGACUGGUGGUUGAAGAAAGAAAAAUCAGCGUCUAGAAAGAAGAAGCAGGACGAAAAAGCCAAAAGUGAGACAGAGGAUGAAAACAAAGAGGCUGAAACUAAUGACAAAAAAGAGUCUGAAGAUGAAAAGAAGGAAACGGAUACAGAGAAAAAUUAAAACUUGAACUGUUGUUAAAUGAAAGAAGAGAACACAAAUUAAUAUUGUUACAAAAUAUUGAAAUAUACAUAUAGAUCUAUCCAGUAUGUCUUACAGAUCAUUGACAACCAGUAGGUAUUACAGGGUUAAAGAUGCAGCUGUAGAUUCAGUAUUACGGCAUUUGUUGUCGUAACUCCUGUUUGUUAGCAGUGUCUACUCGUACAUUCACGAGGAGUUAAUUACCAGACGAACAUAUUGCAGGUCCGACAAACACUUGACAGCAGGACUGUAUGAUGCCAAUUUGCUGAGAUCAAAUGUUCCUUUCCCAGUUCAUUAACAUUGCUAACAUUGCACUGUGGACAUUGCACUAAUACAAUCAGUUUUGGACGUAGUGAUGACAGGGAUGAAAAAAAAAAAAUUAGUACCUAACGAUAGUUGCGACAGCAGGUGAAUUAUCACUUAUUUUUAAUACAAACGGUAAAAUUUUAACUCAAAACUCCCCUAUUGCUAUCCACUGAUAAACAGUUCGAAUACUGUGGCUGUAUAUGUUCAAGUUAACAGGGUAUUAUACAUGGUACCGCUACCCAUGUUGUACAAUACAAAAAACAUGUUAGAUUUCACUAUUGUUUUGUUUCAUAUAGCCCUGCUGCUAAAAAUUCAAAAAUUUUCAUGUUUUGGGGGAUUUUUUUUUGUUCACCUAAUAUGUAUGACAUGCUCACUGUUCCUUGAUAUGUCACACAAUGACAUAAUCUAAUCAUUUGUUAGAUGACCCUAGGUAUAGUUCUUACGUGUAGUUUUAUCAUUGUGGUUUUUUUCACUUUCGCUGUAAUGUGUCUGUAGUGAAUUUUCGACUGAAAUACAUAGACCCUCACUUCAAAUCUGUAGAGUUAAGGUUAUGCUCUCAGUAUGACACAAAAUUUUGAGAAGCUUGAGAAAAAAAAAACAAUCAUUACAACAGAGACUGACCCCACCAGAAAAUGGGAUGUUUAGCGUCAUUUUGUGGUUUUGUGGAAACUGGUUUCAAUUGGAGUGAACUUAUGUACCUGUACACACUGAUGAGACAGUAUAAACAUGAUUGGAAAAAUGACAUUUAUGCAGUUUAUUUGCAUGUUUUUUGCCUUAUAACUCAAUACAUGGCUGGAAUCAGUGGACUAUAGUAUGAUGGGAAAGGAAUUGCUUUCAGAUUUGAAUUAAUUUUUAUAAUCUAGAAGAUCUAAUUAACACCUAUUUUUUCUUUAAAUAAACCAAACAGUAUUAAUGAAGAGCAGAACGUGACCUAAUUUAAUGAUGUUUAAUUUUAGUAAGUUUGGAUUGUAAAGAUUUAAUGUUGUUGUUGUUUCGUCCAUACAAAAAUCUGUGAUAAAAAUAAUAAAACAAUGCUCUGAGCAAGGAGGCUUUAUGUUAAGUAUUACAAAUGAAUGAUAGAGUGGAACACGCUAAGUUGAUUUUUGUGAGGAAAAAUAAACAGAGAGUAUUCUAUAUCAUUGUGAUUUUUGCAGAAGAAAGCCUUCAAUCUAAUUUUGAUAUAUAUUUGUUUAUUUCAUGUUUUAUUUUUUUUUUGUGUAUGUGUAUCAUUGUUAAUAACAUUUAGGCAAUUACAUUUUGCAAACCAUGUGUCAUUGUUGUUACAACAUUGGAUAUUAUAUGAAAGCAUUGAUUUAGUCCAACACUAACACAGAACUGCACGUGGUUAUCCCCCCUUAGUAUGACCUUAGACAGAGCUAUCUCCCUUUAAUCUGUUCCACUAACAAUAGUUCCGUAUUUGAACAAUGAUAUUGAAUCAUGGGUUUCAUCAUUUUACUGCUUUUAUGGUAAUAAUAUAUUGGUAAUUAUCAAAGACAGUGAGAGUUGAUAUUUCAAAAUAUGCUUAUAACUUCAGAUUAUGGAACAAAAAAUUUUGUGGAGAGAAAUAAGCAUAUCUUUAUCGGCUUUGUGGAAGUGUCAGCAAAAAAAGAUUAGAUUUGAAAAAAAAUUCCAUGCCAAAUUACUUUUCUGCAUUUAAGCAUAUUGUAACAUUGCAUGCAAGGUUUGUGCUUUUGGUUGAUUGUAUGCGGUUGCCUUACUAUAUGUGUAUGUAGAGCAUCAAAAUGAAACUAUCAUAAUUAUAAUAGUAGACCAGUAUAAUUACCAAUCGUGUAUAUUAUAUCAAUUUUCUCUUUUUUGUGUGUUUUUUGUUGGUAAUUCCAUGAGCUUUUUAAUACAAAGCUAAUAAAGAAAAUAAAUAACUUGCCAAGUAUUGAGCAGAAACCCAACUAAGUUACUGGUGGGCUAGGCUAGAGGCUUGGCUCACAGCCAGAACUCCAGUAUUAAUAACAAGAAUAACCUUAGUGAUUCACUGGUAUACAAGCCAUCAGUGUCUUUGUCAUGCUCAAUUAUGUUUUCAAAAAAGCUAUGCUAUGUUUACACGAUAAUUACAUAAUGAUUACACAAUA